AUGAUCACGAGUACAUAUCACCCUGGAGAAAAAAUUGAGAAUGAAUUUUUGAAGGAAAAGAUUCGCUCAAAAAUUAAUGAAAUGCUAAAAUGGAAAAGGAGAGGUUUUCCAGGUUGUAAUCCUGUAUCCUUAACAAAUCAUAAUAUAAAAAAUUUAUUUACUAAAGAUUAUUUAAUAUGUGAGAAAACUGAUGGUGUACGCUACUUUUUGUUUAUAGCAUCAAAUACAACAUUUUUAAUUGAUAGAAAUUAUGAAAUUUUUAAAAAUGAUAUGCAUAUACCAACUUUAGAAGAUUUAUCAAAAAAACAACAACUAACUUUAUUAGAUGGAGAAUUAGUUGAAGAUAUUAUUUAUAAUAAAAAAACUGGAGUAGAAGAAAAAAAAAUUGUUUAUUUAAUUUAUGAUGGUUUAUAUAUACAAAGAAAAGAUAUAACAAAUUUAUCUUAUUUUGAGAGAUUAACAAAUGUAUAUAAUUAUGUUAUAACACCUUUAAAAAAAUAUAAAAAAUCGCAAAAAAAAAAAAAAAAUAAAAAUAAUUUACAAUCUAAUAAUGAAAAUGAAUCUCUAUAUAUUGAACUUGAUGAAAAAGAUAAUACUAAAAAAAGAAAAAAUAAUUUAAAUAAUAUCUUAGCACAAGAAGAAAAGCUAUUGAUAUCUCAAAAUAAAAAUGACCAUCCACAUAUUAAUAAUAAAAAUGGCAAUGCUCUUGAUAUGAAUAAUUUUAAUAUGGAUAAUAUUAAUAUGGAUAAUAUUAAUAUGGAUAACAUUAAUAUGAAUAAUAUUAAUAUGGAUAAUAUUAAUAUGAAUAAUAUUAAUAUGGAUAAUAUUAAUAUGGAUAAUAUUAAUAUGGAUAAUAUUAAUAUGAAUCAGAACCUAAAUACUCCUAAUGAAAAAAAUAAUUUAAUGAUGAAUCAUGGAAUUCUUAGCGAAGAAAAUAAUAAUACUAUAGAAAAGAUCGAAAGGAAUGAUAAUAUUAAUACUUUAAAUAAUUGUAACUUUCUGUUGUGUAAACGAGAAGAACAUAGAGAAGAAAAAGAAGAUGAUGAAGAAGAAGAAGAUGAACGUUCGUUUUCAUCUGAUGAUACUGCUUCAACAAUUCAUGAGGAAGAAAUUCCUUUUGAAAUAUAUUUAAAAGAUUUUUAUCCAAUAGAAAAAAUAUCUGAACUUAUAAAAAUUAUGAAAAAGCUACCUCAUUAUUCUGAUGGUAUUAUUUUUACACCUUUACAUUCACCAUAUAUAACAGGUAAUUUUUAUCAACUCCUAAAAUGGAAACCUCUAAAUUUAAAUACUGUCGAUUUUGGAAUAGAAACUAUAUACGAUGAAUAUAAUAUUCCUAGUAAAUUUGAACUCUUUAUAUCUAUAAACGGGGUAAGGACAUCAUAUAAAUGUUAUCUUGCUGAAUAUGGAGAUGUCUACAAAGAAUUAUUACAAUUGGCUAUUUCAAAUAAAAUAUCACAUUAUAUUAUUGAAUGUUAUUAUGUCUCCAAAAAUAUCUUCUCAAUUUGUAAAGGUGAAAAUGGUAAGGAACAAAAAGUAGAAGGAGGGUGGAUAGCUCAAAAAAUAAGAUUCGAUAAAAAUAUUCCAAAUGAUAUAUCAACACUAAAUAAAGUUAUACAAAGUAUACUUGAUAAUAUUACUAUAGAUUCGUUAAUCAAAGAAAUAUCGAGAAAUAGAAAAGGAAAAUAA